AUGCUGCAUUACUUUGCGUUCGCCGGGCUGAUUUGCCUUCUGAAUCGACGGCGUCAUUUCUCAAUCCAUCAACGCAACAAAGUACCAGGACCGGCCCCCUCGUUGCUAUUCGGUAACAUGUGGGACAUCUACAUGCAUGGGCACAUCACUAUGGUCGAGCGCUGGCAUAAGCUGUACGGACCUGUGGUCGGGUAUUUCUUUGGCUCGAUACCGCUCAUCAACUGCUCUGAUCCCGAAUAUCUGAAGAACAUCCUCGUGAAAGACUUCCAGAAUUUCUCUGAUCGCUCCGUAAGGGAAUCGAAGCGAUUGACCGAUGACCAGAUAACGGACAUGGCGAGUUCUGCUCUCUUAGCAGGAUCAGGAACGACCUCCACUGCGCUUUCUUUCACAACGAAGCUACUUCUUCGUUUCCCCGAGGUCCAGGAGAGGCUCCGAAACGAGCUCCUUGCCGCUACAGAUCGAGGGACGAAAUUUGAUUUCGACAGAAUGCAGAAAUGCGCGUACAUGGAAGCCGUGAUUUUAGAAGUUCUCCGCAUGUAUCCACCGCUUCUCUUCUUUGAGGCGCGCCACACCGCGCAAGAUUACGAGAUGGGCGAUUUUACUAUCGCGAAAGGUGUAGAGGUCUACGUCUCGGUCAGAUCGCUGCAUUACUAUGAGGAGAUAUUCGCGGAUCCAUAUUCGUUUCAACCGGAUCGAUUCUUGCCAGAAAACAGAACUCUGGCAAUGUCUUUGGCGCAUCAGCCGUUCGGAGCUGGACCUCGGAACUGCAUCGGCAAGAUAUUCGCGAUGAUGGCAAUGAAGACAACUCUAGCGAAACUGCUCACGAAGUACGAGUUGACGUCUCAUCGAGAACCUAGAAAUAAUGCAAAACUCAUUCCCUCGCAGUCCCGCAUUUUCCAAAAGCUUGACGGUCCUCUGCUCUGCAAACUCAAGGAAAUCUGA